UUUAUAGUCACACGGUGUCCACACAUUAUUGAACGCAUGAGUUUGCAGGAAUAAGAGGAGGAAAGCAUGGCCAACUCAGGACUGGAGCUAGUGGGUCUAAUAUUGACCCUGAUCGGGCUGAUUGGGACAGCAGCCAGCACUGGGAUGCCGAUGUGGCGAGUCACAGCCUUCAUUGGGGAGAACAUCAUUGUGUUUGAAACCCGCUUUGAGGGUCUGUGGAUGAAUUGCUUUCGGCAGGCCGACAUCAGAAUGCAGUGUAAGGUGUACGACUCUCUCUUGGCUCUGCCCCCUGAUCUGCAGGCAGCAAGGGGGCUAAUGUGCUGCUCUCUGGCACUGGGUGGCAUUGGGCUGCUGAUCAGUAUGGUGGGGCUUCAGUGCACGUCAUGCAUCCAAAACAAUGACCGGGCUAAGCGGCUGGUCCUCAUCAUUGCAGGAAGCCUGAUCCUAAUGGCUUGCAUCUGCGUUAUCAUCCCUGUGUCCUGGACAGGUCACGUCAUCAUCAGGGACUUCUACAACCCUUUGCUGAUUGACGCCCAGCGCAGGGAGCUUGGAGAGGCUCUCUACAUUGGAUGGGUGGCCUCCGCUUUCUUUUUCGCUGGAGGAUGCAUUUUUAUUUGUUGCAAUCUGCAGUCGGAAGAAAAGGUUUCACAGAGGUACGUGUACUCAAGGAACUCUGACUACGUUGCCUAUCCACAGCCUCUACAGCCUCAACAGCUGGUGCAACUUCCCCAAACACAACCCCAGUUUCAGCCAAUGCUGUCAAGACAUCCAUCAACCACCUACAGCUACUCAUCCGGACACCCCUCUGAGGGGGUGGCAUAUCUCUGAACACUGAACAGAUUGAGGUAAUGAUGAUCACAGAUAUUGUGCACCUAUACAAGGGGAUUUCUUUUUGAUACGUCUUUCCUUUGCAGUGCAAUCCAAACAUUUGACACUUUUAUAGGUUAAAGCAAACCAAAAACACAUUUCAAAAAAUCUGCUGUGAAUAUAAUUAAAAUCACUUCUUUAAACAUUAUUUGAGGAGAACACAAUCUUAAUUUCAGUCUAUAAUCACAUUGUAAAACGGACUGUAUAAAUCAAUACAUGAUUUACAUGACUUGUGUGCGUGUUGUAUAAUCUUAUUUUUAUUGACACCCUUUUUAGUGUAGGUUCCCGAUUCUGUUUGUGUACGCUGUAUAUAAGUUAACCAUUGAGUUGUAGACAUAACGCAGGUGUAUAUUUGUUUACUGUUAAAAUGCUUUUUUUGGUACAUAUGACAGCGCUUUGUAGUUAGAGACACAGUUUAUAUACAUAUACUGGAUAAUUCAAUGUAUUUCCUUUAACACAUAACCUGUGCUUGAGCUUCGUAUUCAAAUGUAUAUCCCCCAUCCAUUGCACAAAACACACAUGCACAUUAAGUCACACAUCCUUGUUGUUUAUUUUCCAUCUUACAAGUACACUUUACACAGAGUCCAAUCUUUGCCUGCUUAGUUUUACCAGUUGCUCCAGUCUAAACCACUAUUAGAAAUGGGACGAGGAAAUCACAGGUACUACCCUUAGGACAGUAAAUGAUUUAUUGGUGACUGAUUGUGUGUAUUACAGAGGAAUGCAUGUCUGAAACUCAAAACAGCUUUUGUGGGUCUAUUCAACCAGGAAAUAAUUGUAAGUCUUUGUUUAACUUUGGUAUUGUGCCCUGGAGCUUUUGGGAGCUGACGAAAACUGAACAAAUGGCUGAGUAAACAUGAGAUGCAGGUUUAAGACUGUUUGUUGAAGGUGUGUUUAGCUUACUGUUUGUGAAGAAGCCAGACAGAGACAACCUCGCAGUCAUUUCAUGAUUAAAGAAUUUGCAAGUCAUUUUGCAUUCAAACUUGAGACUGAAACUUGAGACUGAAGCUUCAGACGUUUUCAAGUUCAUUCCCAGGGGGACCCCAGCAGUGCAGUUUAUUAGCUCUUGAACCAUUAGGUCAGCACAUUUCAUUUUCAUUGUGUUUAAAAGCAAGCUGAAACUGUAUAAUCUCAAUUCCUUAUAAACUGGUUGUCAGUACAGUACACUACAUUUCAUUGAUGUUUCAUACUGAAAAUAUUUCUUGAUGUUUUUCUCCACUGUUACAGCAAAAUGAAUAACCCAUUUGUCUAUGUUGUUGUUUUUUUUACAUUGAGAUUUGAAUAUCAACUGCACUGUGUGACAUAAGCUUCCUCUGUUUCAUUUCUUCACAAGCCAUCUCUGCAACCCUGUGGACAACAUCAGUACUGCAGGAGUGUAUGUGCUUCAUCGUACUAUAAAUGUUUACUUCUGAAUUGUAAUGAAAUACACUAGGGAGAAUAAAAACAUGUCAUUGAUUAAAAAAAAACUGAAGUUGA